AUGGCUCCGAAGAAAGCCACUGCCGCGCCCAAGGACUCCUCCACUAUGACCCUCGCGCCCAAGGCCGACAAGAAGGUGUCCAAGGCCGCAUCCAACACGGCUUCGAAGGCCACGUCGAAGUCUAUUUCCAAAACUGCGCCCAAGAACGCGCUAAAGGCCGAGCCCAAGACGGCUUCGAAGGCCUCAUCAAAGUCCAAUCCCAAGACCGCGUCCAAGGCCGAGCCCAAAUCCACGAACAACAAAGGCCGUGGCCGCCCCAAGAAAAUGGAGACCGCUCCCGCCACCAAAGGUACCACAAAGAAGGAUACCACGGACAAGUCGCGUAAAACCUCAAAGACGACGACUGCCUCCACAACGACUGCCACGAGCACGUCUCGAAAGCGCAAGGCCGACGAGGUUGAGGAAAAGCCCCGCGAAGUCAAGAAGCCACGAGUUGUUAAGCCCCGUGAGCCCAAGGCUCCUCCCCCAAAGGUCGUCAUUAAUGAAGCCCCGAAGACACGAAGCUCUGGCGAGCUCGGCCUGGGAACCGCGAAGAACGUUAUUGACGUGAAGCGCCCUCGCCUAAAUCAGCUCCUGGCCGCCGACAAGGCCGGCGUUGUUCAAGUCGCCGUUGGUGGUAUGCACUGCCUAGCCCUCACCCACGACAACCAGAUCCUUUCCUGGGGUGUCAACGACCAAGGUGCUUUGGGCAGAGACACUGCCUGGGAGGGCGGUUUCAAAGAUAUCGACGACAACAGCGACUCGGAUUCAGAUGACGAGGACAGCGGCUUGAACCCCCACGAAUCUACUCCGACCGCCAUUCCGGCCAAUUGCUUCCCCAAAGGCACAGUCUUCGUUCAGGUCGCAGCCGCUGACAGCUCCAGCUUUGCGCUUACCGAUGAUGGCCUGGUUUAUGGCUGGGGUACCUUCCGAAGCAACGAUGGUAUCCUCGGGUUUGACGAGACCCACCGUGUUCAGAUGACUCCCAUUCUCAUCCCGUCCCUCAAGAAAAUCACCAACCUGAGCUGUGGUGCUAACCAUGUCCUUGCGCUGAACGAUAAGGGCAAGGUUUUCUCCUGGGGUUCCGGACAGCAGAAUCAGCUGGGCCGCCGAAUCGUGGAGCGCAACAAGCUCCACGGUUUGCAGCCCCGAGAGUUCGGAAUCCGCAAGAAGGUUGUCUCGAUCGGCUGUGGCUCCUACCACUCCUUUGCUAUUUCCGCCACCGGCACUGUUUACGCGUGGGGUCUCAACAGCUUCGGCGCAACUGCAAUUCGAGAGGGUGCAGGCGAUGAUGAAGCCGCCAUUGUGCACCCUACUAUCGUUGAUUCGCUUUCGGACCGCAACAUGGUCCAGCUCUGUGGUGGUUCUCACCAUUCCAUUGGCCGCACCUCCGAUGGCCAAUGCUUGGUUUGGGGCCGCCUGGAUGGCUUCCAGAGUGGCCUGAAGGUUGACACCCUGGCGGACGAUGCCGUGAUUAAGGAUGAGCGGGGGAAGCCCCGAAUUUUGAUCGAGCCCACUCAAGUGCCUGGAAUUGUGGCCAAGGGCGUCGCGGCGGCUUCGGACCACUCCCUCGUGGUCGAUGCCGAUGGCCGAGCAUGGUCCUGGGGCUUCUCGGCCACCUACCAGACUGGCCAGGGGACCCAGGAUGACAUUGAGGUGGCCACAGUCAUCGACAACACCGCUGUCCGUGGAAAGCAGUUGAACUGGGCCGGGGCAGGUGGCCAGUUCUCGGUGUUUACCUCGCCCGCCAGCGAGUAA